AUGACGCUGGCCAAAGAACAUCAACACCACACUUUUAAAAAGAUAUUCAAGAAGGAUACGUCGCCAAGUGACAAGAGCAGUGGUGGUGGUGGUGGAAACUCGUUCCCGCAUGUGGGACUAUCAAAGAUAUUUCACAAAGAUUCCCCCGCCGAAAGUAGCAUCAGUGGCAAAGAUGCUGUCCCAAUAGCUCAGCUGCCGAAUUUGCCAAAACGUACUCCAUCUGCGUUUUCAUUAAAGCGUCGAAACACAAACCCCGUCCAUCAAAACUCAUCUGCAAGUGAUAACAGAUCGCGAAGUAACUCUGAGGCUCACCACUUACAUCACCCUCAACCACAUUCACUAUCGCAUGCUGCUGGCCCCGUGACCCAUAAAAAAUUGACCAAAGCCGAGACUUUUGCUCAUCUACAGCAGUUGGACUCAAGAAAUGCAGCAAAGCAACAAUUGAGAAACAAUCGAGUUCCUAGUAUCCAUAAUAGUGGAGGAACAGGAACCGGAGGUCCAGCAAACUCGCCUUCGUUACCGAAUCACGAAAAAAUUGUUUACAAUCCUUAUGGAAUGAAUAAAUCGCCAAGUCAAGAACAACCUAGAAACGCAAGCUUCUACUUAUCGGGAGUCGUGGAUGGCGAAAGAGUAUUAGCUAACCCCGUGGCUAAUCCCAAUGACUAUUUACCAGCAGAGUUGCGUCAAAAGCAUGUAAAUUUGUUGGAGGAUUUUGAAAUUGAUGUAGGCACAAAGAAAUUGGGAGAUGGUGGAUCAUCGGAUGUAAGAAUCAUCAACUCAAUAAAUCAUAAGAAGAAUCUUUAUGCGUUAAAGAAGUUCACACUAUUAAGUAAAGAAACAGAUGAGGAUUUCUAUAAACGAGUACUGAAAGAAUAUGCAAUACACAAGAUGGCUUCAGCAUCUCGCCAUGUUGUUGAUGUAAUGGCAAUAUUGAGAAUCCAAAGUCAAGCAAAUUUAACUAGAGGCUGGGGUGUUGUGAUGGAAUUUUGUAGCGGCGGUGACUUGUUCUCACUUAUUACUAGACCAGGUUGGAAACUGUCUCCAUUAAAUGAGAAGUAUUGUUUAUUUAAACAAAUUGCAUAUGGAUUGAAGUUCAUACACGAACAAGAUGUAGCACAUCGAGAUUUGAAACCAGAAAAUGUAUUAUUGGACGCCAACGGAGUGGCCAAACUAUGCGAUUUUGGUGUUAGUGAUUUUGGACAUACAACACCGGGAGAUUUUGAAAGUCCGAUUAAAAUGUCUUCGUCUUAUGUUGGUUCUCCUCCAUAUUCGCCACCAGAAGUAAUGUUACUAAAGGAGAAAAGUCACGUUGAUGCUAAAAAUUUUCCAUAUGAUAUGUUCAAAUCAGAUUGUUGGGGAUUAGGAAUGAUUUUAUUCUGUCUCGUUUAUGCGGGAGUUCCUUUCCAACAAGCAACUACCCUGGAUUAUCAAUAUAGAGAAUACCAGUUUAAUCAUAAACGGUUUUCAUCAGAUCAUCAAAAUUUCAAGAAUAACAAGGGUAUAAAUAAAGGACCUGGCAGUGAAUUUAAAUUGGCGGCAAAAUUUGAAAGUACUGGUGCUUCAAGGGUAGCAUGGAAGCUUUGUGACCCUUCAAUUAAUACAAGAUACACCAUCACACAAUUGAUGGAAGAUCCCUGGUUUACCGGGUUGGAAAUGUGUAUUUAUGAAGAUCCUGAUCAAGAAGUUAACCCAUUUGUUUUACCUGGUACUGGAGAGAAUAUUCCAUCCCUAUCCACCACCUCGUCAGCUGCUAAUUCUCAAGCUCCAUCUAGAAGGGCUACAUUGAUCAAUAAAAACGUGUAUAACCAAACUUCAAGUGGCGAAAAUGGGUACGAGAGUAGUAACGAUGAGAUUAAUAAUAAUAAUAACAGCAGCAAUAAUCUAGCUGGCUCAUUCAGAAGUAUGUUAGAUUUGAAUGAUGCUUCAGAAAGGAUCAUAGAUCAUGGCAACAAUUAUAAUACCAAUAAGAAAACGACAUCGGUGUCAUCGAGUAGCGCGUCGUUACACUCGAACGACGGAGCUCCUAGUAAUAGCGUGCUGCGGGUACGCUCGAUGCUUGAUGUUGGCCAAAAUGCGAAUGGUGCAUUUAGUCCAGCAUCCCCAUAUUUGCAAUAUCAACAGGAUCAACAGCCACAGCAGCAACAACUACACUCGUCACCAAAUGGAAACUUAUUUGCUUUAGAAGAAAGUGACAUUGAACAUGAACCUGAAUGUGUUGCUUCUAUGAAGCAGGAUGAGCUUGAACAACAGCAACAGCAACAACAAGAACAGCAACCGUCGCCAUCUUCAUUAACUCACAUAGAUCAUGUUGGUGAUGUAAAUAGUGGAUUCAAGUUACCACCAAAGAGAAUAGAACCCGAGCUGGAAGUCGAUUCACCUCAUAGUGAUGAGGGAAGUAUCAAAUCCCUAUAUGAUAUCAAACCAAAAGUAUCAAGAACUAUCAGUGACAUCAAAAUUGAAAGUGAUGGUACUUGUCCCUUGGGCUACAAAUUGAAGAGACAUCAUCACAAUGAAGUUAGCAAUGUUACCAACAAAGCUGUACCCAGGAGGUAA